AUGAAGCUAGACACCAAAUCCCUCCGAUACCUCAACCCUACCGACUGGCGCACUCUCACCGCGGUUGAGACGGGAAGCCGAAAUCACGAAGUCGUCCCCACCUCACUGAUCGCCAACCUAUCUAAAUCCAGUCUGGGCGACGUGCAACGAAGUAUUUCCUUGCUGGCUAAGGCCAAUCUGAUUGCCAAAGUCAAGAACGCGAAAUACGACGGCUACAGACUGACCUACGGGGGCCUCGACUAUCUGGCGCUGCACUCCUUACAAAAGAACAGCGCUGUCUAUGGUGUGGGCAACCAGAUUGGAGUGGGCAAAGAGAGUGACAUAUUUGUUGUCAGCGAUGAGAAGGGUGAACAACGGGUGCUGAAAAUCCAUCGUCUGGGUAGAGUGAGCUUCAAAAAAGGAGUGCGGAACAAACGGGACUAUGCCAGAACGAAGGCUCAGAAAGAGAGGGGUGCUGGGAGCUGGAUGUACAUGUCACGCUUAGCUGCCGUCAAAGAGUUUGCUUUCCUGCAAGCCCUACAUGAUGCGGGCCUGAGUGUUCCUAUUCCACUAGGCCAGAAUCGACAUCAGUUGGUCAUGUCAUUGAUUGACGGUUUCCCACUACGACAGAUCGAAAAGGUUCCAGACCCAGCGGGACUAUACGCGGAGCUGAUAGAGAUGCUGGUGCGCUUGUGCUCUUUGGGCCUGAUACACGGAGAUUUCAACGAAUUCAACAUCCUAAUCAGAGAAGAAGAGCAAGGGGAAGAUAUUAAGUUGGUCCCAGUCUUGAUCGACUUUCCUCAGAUGGUCAGUGUGGAUCAUCCAAAUGCCGAGUUUUAUUUCGACAGGGACGUGGAAUGCGUGAAGCGUUUCUUUGCAAGGCGGUUUGGAUUUAUCAGCACCGACAAUGGCCCACUCUUCAAAGAUGCAAAGCAGUUGGUUGGCAAAGACGGGGUCAGGCGACUUGAUGUUGAGGUUGAAGCGUCCGGGUUCUCCAGGAAAAUGGCCAGAGAACUUGAAGCAUACAUGAAAGAGCACGGCGUGGACGGUGACGCCAAACGAGAUGAAACAAACGAUAUUGAUCCCAGCGGUUCCGAGGACGAAGAGCACGAUGAUGACGAAGACGAUGACAGCGAUAACCCCGCAUGCAAUGGUGUGGCCGACACAGGUUGA